AUCAAAUUCUAAUCAUCAUCUCAAGUUUUCUCAAUGACUGGCACAGGAAGGUAGCUUAUAAAUAUAGCCAUCCGGGGCUAGUUCAGGGUUAGUUAGCUGCCGGAAUUUUGCCAGAAUCGGUGGAUACAAAAUGUUCAAGGAACUAGUUAUUUUAAGUGCCCUAGUUGCACUCGCGCUCGGUAUUCCUGUGGAUCAACAAACGAGUCAAGUGGUAGCAGUUGAGGAACUUAACGAUACACCCGUGGUUGUUUUGAGUGAAAGCGAUGGAGCCCAAGAAUCAUUAGAAACAGCGGAAACGGCUCAUCGGGGAGGUUUUCGCCGCAGGGGAUUCCAUCAUCACCAUCAUCAUCGAGGCUAUGGAUAUGGCGGAGGAUACGGGGGAGGAUAUGGUGGAGGAUUUGGAGGAGGAUAUGGAGGGGGAUAUGGGGGUGGAUACGGACGGGGGUAUGGCGGAGGAUAUGGGGGAGGAUUUGGAGGAGGCUUCGGUGUUGGGGUUGGCAUUGGAGUAGGUGUUGGAGUGGGAGGUGGAUUUAUUGGAUGA